ACGGGAGGCGAGUGAGAACAACAGUAGCUCGGCCAUCUUGGGGAGAGUGGGAAGCUGUGAUCAGGCGCCUUGCUGGGUAUUACACACAACUACCGCCUCACCUUAUCUAUAUCCUCACUUGUCAUCCAGAUUUAGCAAGACACAAUGUCUGAGAGUGAAGGAAGUUACCACUCAGACUCGGAGGCUGAGAAGUCUGGACCAGGAAGCGACAGCGAGGGUGAAAAUCGCCGAAGUCGAAGUCGUAGUGGCACUCGUGAGCGUUCGCCCAGCAGAAGCAGGAGUCGUAGUGCAAGUGGCAGUCGGAGCCGAAGUCGCAGCAGAUCUGGCAGUCGGAGCCGAAGUCGCAGUAAUAGUCGUAGCAGAAGCAGAAGCAGGAGUCGUAGUAGAAGCAGAAGCCAAAGCAGGAGUAGAAGCAGAAGUAGAAGUAAAAGCAGAAGCCGAAGUAGAAGUCGGUCUGUAAGAUCAGAUGAAGCAAUGGAAGCUCGAAGUGGGGAGGAGGAGAUAAGUGGCGAUGAAGAACCAGCGGAUGGUGAAGAUCUUGCAAAUUCAGAAUAUGAUAGUGAAGAAGAUGAAGAUGAUGAGCGGCAUGCAAAAAAGAAGAGAAAGAGAGGGGCUGUGUCAGAUUACUUCUUGGAGGAGGCUGAAGUAGAUGACGAUGAAGGUGAAGAUGAUGAAGAUGAAGAUGGUGAUUACUAUGAUCUCUUAGGUAAUGAGAAAGAGGAAGUUGGUGUGACUGCUCGUGAGAUUGAAGCCAAUCGGAGAGCACACAGUGUUUGGGACAAUGAACGCGAAGAAGAAAUCGAAGAAUAUUAUCGGCGCAAGUAUGCUGAAGAAUCUUCAGCUGCUAUGCGCUUUGGGGAGGGAGGAGAAGAGAUGAGUGAUGAAAUCACCCAGCAGACUCUGCUUCCUGGUGUUAAGGACCCUAACUUGUGGAUGGUGAAGUGUCGCAUUGGUGAAGAGAAAUUGACUUGCCUGCAACUUAUGCGCAAGAUGAUUGCAUAUCAGUUUACUGAAGAACCUCUGCAGAUUAAGUCUGUUGUAGCACCAGAAGGUGUUAAAGGCUAUAUUUACAUUGAGGCUUACAAGCAGUCUCAUGUCAAGUCGGCCAUGGAUGGUGUUUCAAACCUCAGGCUCGGUAUUUGGAGACAGACUAUGGUACCAAUUAAUCAAAUGACUGAUGUUCUGCGUGUGGUUAAAGAAGUUCCGACGCUGAAGCGUGGUGCUUGGGUCAGAUUGAAGAGAGGUAUCUUCAAGGAUGAUCUUGCACAGGUGGAUUAUGUGGAUGCCUCGCAAAAUACUGUUCACCUUAAGCUUAUCCCCCGUAUUGACUACACCCGCAUGCGUGGAGCUCUUAGAUCAAGUCAGUCUGAGAAUGAUCUCAAGAGAAAGAAGUUCCGGCGGCCAGCACAAAAGCUGUUUGAUAAUGAUGCUAUUCGUGCCAUUGGUGGUGAGGUUACUCAAGAUGGUGAUUUCCUUAUAUUUGAAGGAAACCGUUUUACACACAAGGGUUAUCUAUACAAGACAUUUGCCAUCUCUGCAAUAAUGGCUGAUGGUGUAAAGCCAACUUUAAGUGAACUGGAAAAGUUUGAAGAGCAGAGCUUGGCAGACAUGGAGCUGACAACAACUGGUCGUGAAGAUGAAGGCCAUAACUUUGCCCCAGGUGACAAUGUUGAGGUAAUCGAAGGUGAAUUGAUGAAUUUGAUGGGUUGUGUGACACGCGUGGAUGGGAACAGAAUCGCAAUUUUGCCAAAGCACGAAGACUUGAAGGAUGAGCUGGAGUUCUUAUCGCAUGAAUUGAAGAAAUAUUUCAACCAAGGUGAUCAUGUAAAAGUCAUAGCAGGAAGAUACGAAGGCGACACCGGGCUCAUUGUUCGAGUGGAAGAAAACAUGAUCGUUCUCUUCUCCGAUCUGACUAUGCAUGAACUGAAGGUGUUGCCUCGUGACCUACAGCUUUGUGCUGAUGUAGCUACUGGUGUAGACUCUCUUGGGCAGUUCCAAUGGGGAGACUUGGUGUCUCUGGAUGCACAGACAGUUGCAGUUAUUGUAAGAUUGGAGAAGGAAAAUUUCCAGGUCUUGAACAUGCAUGGCAAGCUGGUCCAUGUCAAACCUCAAGCGGUUCACAAGAAGAAGGAGAACCGCCGAGCCAUGGCACUUGACUCUGAGAAAAAUACUAUCCAAGUGAAGGAUAUUGUGAAAGUGAUUGAUGGUCCACACUCGGGUCGGCAGGGUGAAAUAAAGCAUUUGUAUCGAAACUUUGCAUUCCUGCACUCCAAAAUGAUGAUAGAAAAUGGUGGAGUGUUUGUAUGUAAGACAAGACAUUUGGCCCAGGCUGGAGGAGCUAAGUCAAUUGGAGGUGGAGGAGGAAUUGGUGGUAUGGGGAUGGGUCUAAUGUCACCAUGGCUCUCAUCCCCGGCCCAUCCAGCUGGUGGAGCAAGUGAACGUGGUGAAGGUGGUGGCGGAGGAGGUGGUGGAGGAGGGUUUGGUGAACGCGGUAGAGGAAGAGGAAGAGGCAGAGGAGCAGGCAGGGAUCGUGGUGUUAUUGGGCAGACUAUCAAGAUUACUCAAGGACCAUACAAGGGCCAUGUUGGUAUUGUUAAAGAUGCCACAGACUCGACAGUCCGUGUUGAACUACACUCGAAGUGCCAGACCAUUAUUGUGGAUCGCUCUCGUGUGGCAGUUGUGGGGUCCACCAGUGCCAAACCUGGUUCCUUCACCUCUUACAAUCGUACCCCAACUUGGGGCUCUGGUACUCCAAUGUAUGGCAAUACUGGCUCACGAACACCUAUGUAUGGUUCAACGACUCCUCAGUACGAUGGUUCACGCACUCCGCAUUAUGGCAACGUGACUCCUUCACAAGAUGGUUCUGCUACGCCUGGCAGGCAAUCGGCAUGGGACCCCACUAUAACCAAUACGCCGGCAAGACAUUCUGAGUUUGAUAACUACUCCUUUAAUGAGGCAUCACCUUCACCUGCUUAUAAUCCUGGGACUCCAGGUUACCAGUCAGAUGCUGGGCAGGGCCCAUACACACCACAGACCCCUGGGACAGCGUACAGCUCAGACCACAACUACAGCCCAUACCAACCUGAACCCUCACCUUCUGGUUACCAGCCUGGUAGCAGCCCUGCUGCGUACGUAGGUACCCCAAGCCCUGGCACAGGAUACCAAGGUUCUCCAUCGCCAGGCUCUGGGUAUGCCUCGCCCUCGCCUCUAGCCUCGUACAGCCCCAUGACACCAGGGGCACCUUCACCAUAUAAUCCUCAGACGCCAGGUGCAGGUAUAGACGAGUCAGAAAUGCAAGAUUGGCAUACAACAGAUAUUGAAGUAAGAAUCAAGGAGACUCAUGAUGAUUCGGGACUCAUUGGUCAGACUGGUAUCAUCCGCAGUUUAUCCGGUGGCAUGUGUUCUGUGUUCUUGCCAGAAGAAGAACGUGUUGUCAAUUUCUUGGGCGAGCACCUGGAGCCUAUCACACCAGCACAAGGAGAUCGUGUUAAAGUAAUCCUUGGGGAUGAGCGUGAGAUGACAGGCGUCCUUCUUUCCAUAGACCACAAUGAAGGUGUAGUACAACUUGACCGUGCAGAUGUAAAGAUGUUGCAACUCUGUUACCUGUGCAAAAUGAAGUAACGGGUGCAAAUAAUGGAGCUUCCCAAAAGGGAGGAACUACAGCAGAAGAUUCAGAAGGUGGCACUCUCAACACACAAACCUUUCACUCUUUCAAGCACUUGACCUUGUUUUCACAUUUUAAUGUUUGAAAUACCUGAUGAGGAUACUCUUAAUGAGGUCAGUGACAUGAGAAAGAUACAGUAUGAUUAAAAUACAGUGUAUAGAAGGCAUCUUUGUAUGUAGAGGAACAUAAUGACAAAUGGAGGAAGUAAUUAUUUAUAAUUACUAAUAACUAGUUUCCUUAUGUUCUCCUAUUCUGCCAUUUCUGUUGGUUGAAAGGAUAAGAUUACACAUGCUUAUCAAUCUAUGCUGCUAUCUACAAUGACUAAUGUUGCCACCCAAAGGAUAUUUAAUUAAAGUCAAGAUCCUUAAGUUAAAAGAACAAACUAUUAGUACAACUUGUCCUUGUUACAUCCGAGACCUUUGGCUCCUGGGAUUCAAAGCUCAUCAAAACACUCAACAAGAGAUCCAAGAACUGCCAUCUACUUUUUCUUGCACUUCAGUGUGGCAGUCUUUUAUACAUUUUAAUAAAUUUGACUUGGAGGCCUGAUUAAAAAAAAAAAGAGUAUAUCUGACAAAAAAAGUGUUUGUUUAACUCAAUGUGGGAUACAAUAUAAUAAUUAUUAUACAGGUAUAAUAAUAUAUUGUACUACAUAUACAGUAUUUCAAAUGUCUUAAUAGAGCACAGUUUCUGGUAGUGGUCUAAGUGAUACCCUUCUUCCGUGCUUUCGAUUCUGCAACAUAAGUACAGUACUGUAUGUACUGUACUUGUAUCCUAGACAUAAUUUUGCUAUUACAGAUUCUCUCCCUACACCAUCUUCAUUUUGUCCAUAUUAAUUGAGCUAUGCAGCAUCCAAGAUCCAUAAUUGCCAAGGACAUGUUAAUAUUUAUCUUUAUUUGUAACUAUUUGUGUAUAAUAAACCUUAAAAUACAACGA